AGGGCAGUGUCCUUCGCGUGUUGACUAGCGGUCCCUAAAACGACAAACAUUUCAUUCUUUAUUACACACCUUGCCCCCCCAGUAUUCCACUCCAGCUCCACAGGAAUGUUUGCCACUCUGCUCUUCAAUAAGGACUUUUUCGUCAUUUCACAACAUUCCCUCCAACGCGUCAACAACGGCGUCUAUCGUACUGUCCCUAGAAAAAAGACGCCCACACCACGCGUAAGAAAUUUGAUUAACCCCAAAACGACGUCGAAAUCUCCAUGAACCUUCCUCCUUCCCUGCUCAACCUCCCCACCCUAAAAACCCAUUCUCUCCUCUCGUCCAUACAUCUCUCUCUCUCCCUCUCUCUCUCUCUCUCUCUCUGUACCAAUGGAGAACGAACCGCACUGGGGAGGAGCGGCGCAGAGUGGUGGCAAAGUCCCCCAAGAUCCGUACUGGGGAAGAGCCGAAAACGGAGGAUACCAGCCCAAGAACUACGCUCUCAGCGGCAAGAUCAUGCUCAGCGCCAUCGUCAUCCUCUUCGCCGUCAUCCUCCUCAUGGCUGGCCUCCACAUCUACGCACGCUGGUACCUCCUCCGCGCCCGCCGCCGCCACCUCCAUCUGCGCCGCACCCGCCGUCGCCCCACCCACCUCGUCUUCUACGUCGAGCCCUCCAACCCCGACUCCGCCGCCCGUGGCCUCGACCCCACCCUCCUCAAGUCCCUCCCCGUGUUUGCCUACUCCCCCGAGACCCACCCGGACCCCAUUGACUGCGCUGUCUGCCUCUCCGAGUUCGACGAAGGCGAAGCCGGCCGCCGCCUCCCCAAAUGCAACCACAGCUUCCACGUCGAAUGCAUCGACAUGUGGUUCCACUCCCACUCCACCUGCCCCCUCUGCAGAACCCCCGUCGAGCCCGUUACCACUCCGGCUCGAACCGCCAAAGACCCGCCUGAGAUCGCCGUGUCAGUGGUCGAACCAACUGGUUCGAGUUCCGAGUUUUGCUCGACUUGCCGGAUCGAGGAAGUUAUCGAGGAUCCGGGCCGCUUAUCUUCUUCGUCAGCGGCGACGGCCACGGCGACGACGGCGGCUUCGUUCGGGGCUCGAAGGAAGCCGCUAGGGCUGGUCGGCGUGACGAUUGAGGUGCCCAGGAGGAACGGGAGCUUCGGGAGGUCAGAGGAUGAAACGCCGUCGCCGGUGUCGGCGUCGGCCUUUAAGUCGCCGGGGAGUCGUAUACUGAGGAGAAUUCUGAGCAGGGACGUCAGAGCGAUUCUUUCUCCGUCGUCGGUGCCGAGUUGCAGCGGAUUUGGGAGCGAGUUGGACUUGGAGCGAGGGAGGGAGGAGACUGCGCUGACUCGGGCUCGGACACCAAGGUGAGUCGUCGAGUCGGAAACGGACGCUGCUAGAGGGCGCGAGUUAGGUGCUUAACUUUGAAGCGACCGAAACGAGACGCAAGAGGCGUGCGGAGAGUGUGGUACUCUACUAGCUCGGUGGGACCCGCGGGGACCACUAAUUUUUUAAUUUUACACGUGGCAGAUGCUUAGUUGUCGAUGAUUCCUUGCCGGGCGUUGGUGACCAGAAUCUUUGACUUGUACAGAUAUAUCUCCUUUCAAUUUUUUUUUUUAAAUAUCUUGAUUGUUAGGUAUAGAUUAUUAUUAUUAUUAUUAUUAUUAUUAUUAUUAUUAUUAUGUUCUAGAUUUGCAUUUCACGUGUUUUCCUCUUAUAAUCAACAUUUAAGUCGAUUUUUAAA